AUGGCAACAUUGCGAGUUGUCGUCUUCCUUUUCUGCAUACGCACGCAAGUCAAUUCAUUUACCCAGACGUGUAGGGGCUUGAGAUCAUCAGAGAGCUCUUAUUCUACAAAAGUAUUUGAUUCCUUCAGGAUCUUUGAUGAUGACGAGGAUGAUCAUGCCGUUGCAACAUUCGAAUGGGAAAGUGGCGUACAAGAGAUGCUUGCCGCAUGGGCAGAACAAUCAGGAAUACACUUUUCCAAGCAUCUGACAAUUAGAGAAGGGAUAUUUGUGACCUCAGAAGAAGGGCAGCAAGGAGAUAGUGUGUUGGAGGUACCACGGUCGAUGAUUUUGAGCAGCAGAUACUACGAAAAGACAUCUCUCAAAGAUUGGGUUGAGGAUCUUGUGGGCAAGGCUGACGGCGCACUUUGUCUCUUGAUGAUAAGACUUCUGGAAGAGAUGAGUAAGCAAGAGAGUUCCAACUGGUACCCGUGGCUCCAGUCUCUGCCGAAAAAGUUCAAAACAGGGGUAUUUUGGGAUGAUGUGGAACGAAGUCAUGUCCAACAAAUGGCGCCUGAAGCUCUUCAGAUACAUAUGGAUCAAUGGGACCUAUGUUCUCAUGUUGUUCAAUUACUACAGUACGGUUUCUUUGAAGACGAGGGGGGGACAUUUUCACCGUCAUUUCGACCGUGGCUCGAAGGACAAGAAGACUUGGAAUUUACAUUGAAGCGCGUAUUUUCCAUUGUUUGUGCCCGCAGUUGGAAGAGCUCCAACGGACGACAGCUCAAGAUUGUUCCAUUUGCGGAACGCCUUGGUCGUGACAAGGGGAGUGGUAACAUACGGCCAUUCAUCCGAGGUGAUCCAGAAUCGGCGCUUCAAGUUGUUUUGACACAAGGUGUACUUGCAAAUGAGAAAUUAUGCAUGCCUUGCACCAUGGGCGACAAUCUUGCCCGCCCUUUAGUCAAUUGUGGAUAUGUCGAUUACUCUACGCCUUAUAUGGGGGCUCAUGUUCUUACUGAGAGUUUGGUAGAUCAAAUGUUUGAUUGGCCAAUGGUUGACGUACAAGAGCUUGUGGUUUCGACACGAAAUGGUGCAGUAUCGGGGGAGACAUGGAAACUCUUCUUAUACACUGUCCUUCAUCAAUAUGAUCAACCCUUGCUCCAGAGCAUCAAGCUGGCCGAAGAAAAUGAGCUUCUAGAAUCAGACUUGUCAGUUGAUACUCUGCUGGAAGAAGCAAUGCAAAAAUGGGAAGGAGUGGUCGCCACUAGCGCCAAACAACACUUUCAGUCAGUCUUGGACUCUCAAUUUCCACCGUUAUUCUUCAGCCAAGAAGAUCUUGAAGGACACGAACACUUGCGGUUGAUUAUGGAGUUCAAUCUGUACAUGAGAACGACAGUCAUGAAAGUGCUCCGACACAUUGAUGAAAUUUCGAAUCAAGACACGGCAUCGAGACUAUCGUACUCUUUGCAGCAAUAA